AUGGAAGCAACCGAUGCAACAGAAGUAACCUUGGAAUCAUUAUCCGCGGCGAGUUCACGUUCUCCAUCGAUAGAUGAACCUGAUCAUCCAUCAUCAGAGGAUCAACCAUUAUUACCGGAUGAAGAACGUACUUGUGAUUCAUUAAGUACUUAUGAUACUUAUGAAUCAUCCGGAGAGGAAGAAGUAGUAGUUUCAGGUUCAA